UUCAGCAGCAUCUUUGCUUCUGCGAGGUGUUCUCUGUUUCAUGGUAUCUCACACAACUGCUUAUUCCUUCAAGCCCCGUGACUUCGUCCUUGUGAAUUGUGGGUCGCCGACCGAUGCCACAGAUGCAGAUAAGCGUCUCUGGAUUAACGACUCUAGUGCCCAGUUUUUUUCCUCUGUCCCAUCAUCUUCUUUCCCUGCAGAAGCAGCCGAGACGCUCACUAAUCUUCUUCCUACUGAAGUUCCCCACAAGACCGCCCGCAUCUUCACCUCUGCUUCAACUACCACCUUCACUGGGCUAUCGGAAGGUCGCCACUUUUUGCGGCUGUACUUCUAUCCUUCUUUCUACCAUGGCCUCGACCCCAAGAAUGCCUUCUUCUCCGUCGAAGCCGGCCCAUAUACUCUGCUCCGCAACUUCAGCCCUACCAUAGCUGCUGCUUCCCUGAACCAGUUUUACAUUAUCCAGGAAUUCUUCAUCACCAUCCCUUCCUCUGGCAAUCUCACCCUCUCCUUCAUCCCAUCAUCAAGUGCCACCUUCGCCUUCAUCAACGGCAUCGAGAUCAUCUCUUCGCCGCAAUUGUUCUACUCUGGCAUCACUAAUUCCUCCGUUGCAGUUGGCGUUGGCCUACUGCUCCCAAUAUAUGAUCAUGAUGUCCUUCAAACCGUUGCACGGCUGAAUGUUGGUGGGAGUUCAAUCUCACCGAUGGAGGAUUCCGGGCUCUUCCGAACCUGGUCUGAUGAUUCCAGAUAUAUCUUUGGCACUGCUCUUGGAGAGACACAACGAGCAGAAGGAAACGUCUUCAUUCGUUACUCUUACUGCGUUCCAGACUACAUUGCUCCGCAUGAUGUAUACGCAACAGCCCGCUCGAUGGAGCUUAAUACCUCUUUGAACUUGAACUACAACCUCACUUGGUCCAUUACAGUGGACAAUGGAUUUCGCUACUUGAUCAGACUUCACUUCUGUGAGCUUCAACAGGAGGUGUACAAAGAGAACCGGAGGGUAUUCAACGUGUAUGUGAACAACAUGAUGGCGGAUCCUGAAUUCGACGUGAUUCUCUAUGCAAGCGAAAAAAUCAGAGCUCCCACAUACACUGGUGUGGCUGUGUAUAAAGAUUACAUGGUAUUAAUGCCAGGGCAGAGUGGCAAGGAAAGCCGUUUGCUAAUUGAGCUCCAGCCUGUUACUGAUAUUAAACCCUUUUACACAGAUGCAAUACUCAAUGGACUUGAGGUCUUCAAGGUCAACAAAACAUUUGAUAGCCUUGCUGGACCCAGUCGAAGCUUCACACUACCACCACCAUCUGAAACUAAGUUUCUUCAUCUUAUUGGUGGGCAUGGUGGUGAACAUGACCACAUAAUUCUAUGUGCAAUUGGUGGUUUUGCUGCUGUGCUUAGUAUUGGUGCGUUCCUUUUCUUAGUGUUGCUCAAGAUACUCAAGAAGAGGGAAAAGGAGAAGGAGAGCCAUGACGACGGAGCUUUGUGUAGGAACGGAUCAAGCUACAGGCAACCAAAGAAAGGCAAGUCGGAUCCAACUUCAGCAACCAUUAGACAUGUCAUGAAGGGCGCAGGAUUUACAGACCGCGUCCCUAUCACCAACUGCCGGCGCUUCAAAUUUUCUGAGAUCGUCGCGGCUACCAACAACUUUGACGACACUCUUCUCCUUGGGGUUGGUGGGUUUAGCAAGGUCUACAUGGGAGUGAUCGACAAUGGCAUCAGAGUUGCCGUCAAAAGGGGGGAAGAGCUUUCACAGCACGGCAUUAUCCAGUUCCACAAUGAAAUUGAUAUUCUCUCUAAGCUUUACCACUGCCACUUAGUGUCCCUGAUCGGAUUCUGCGAGGAUAGCUCCGAGAUGAUACUGGUCUAUGACUACAUGCAUCGAGGAACUUUUCGCCAGCACCUCUACGGUGCCGGCAAGCCACAUCUAUCGUGGAGGCAGAGGCUUGAGAUCUGCAUCGGUGCCGCCAAGGCGCUGCACUAUCUUCACACCGGAGCAAAGUACACGCUUGUACACAGAGACGUGAAGACCAACAAUAUAUUGAUAGACCAGAAUUGGGUAGCGAAGGUCUCCGAUUUUGGGAUAUCGAGAAUGGGCACGUCUGUGGAUUGCGCUUACAUGAGCACGGAGGUGAAGGGCACCUUCGGCUACUUCGACCCGGAGUACUUCCGGACGAAGAAGCUCACGCAGAAGUCGGACGUCUACUCGUUCGGCGUGGUGCUGCUGGAGGCUCUUUGUGCGCGACCGGCGGUCGACAUGUCACGUCCUUCCAGGGAGAUUGGCCUAGCGGAGUGGGCAUUAAGCUGUCAGUGUAGGGGCAAGCUCGAGGAGGUGAUUGAUCCCUUCUUGAAGGGGAAGAUCGAGGCUGGAUGCCUAAGCAAGUUCUGGGAGAUCACAGAGAGGUGCUUGGCGAACAGGGGAGGAGAGCGUCCUUCCAUGGUCGAUGUGCUAUGGAAUUUGGAGUUAGCUCUCAGGCUGCAGGAGAACGCGGGAGAAACGAACAGGCAAACAAUGACACCAGUUUUGUGAACGAUUUGGAUCGGAAUUCGCGAGGUAC